UAAAAUCUGUUUGACGAAUACAUGCAACUUUUCAAGGGGCCCUGAGGACACCAUCACGUCCUUAGCAAACAUGGAAAAGGUUCUUGAGACAACAGAAUUAAAAGGACCCACAUUAAUCGCAAAUCCUUUCUGCAAUUUAGUGGUCCUUGUGUACCAGCCAAAUAUCUCUGAACACAUUGAAAUGUAUGCCAAUGACACCGAGGCGUACGUGGCUCCUCUCCCCAACAGCACAGUGAGUGUUCAACUACCAGCAGAACUGGGUGCUGGACCAAACAACAAGAUUGUGUUUUCUGUGUUUACAUUUCCUGAAACUAAGGAGAAUCUGUCUGAAGUGGCACAUAAACUCUAUAAUCGAAAACUAGUUGGCCUGAUUGUACAAAAGAAGAAGAUAUCAGGACUACGUGAACGUGUCAACAUAACCAUGCCGGUUACCAAAAAUAUAAAUGAAAACCAGAGUCUCUCCUGUCAGUUCUUAAAUUUGUCAACAGGAAAUUAUAUUGAGGAUGGCUGUGAAACACUUUGGACACGUAACCAGAGUAAUGUCACCUGUUCCUGUGACCACCUCACGUACUUUGGUGUACUCCUCACAGUUUCUGGACCUGUCUCAGAAAAAGACGCAAUAAUAUUGACGUAUAUUUCCCAAAUUGGUUGUAGUGUCUCUCUUUUUGCCCUUGCCAUCACGGUUUUGCUCUUCAUCUCAAAUAGAACACUCAGACUAGAUGUUUCUAUGAAGGUCCACAUCAAUCUUGCAAUUUCUCUCAUCAUCCUCAACCUGCACUUCCUGCUAAGUUCCACAGUGGCAGCAGUGUCCUCCACUGGGGUCUGUUUCUACAUGGCUCUUGUCCUUCACUAUUCCCUGCUGGCCACUUUCAGCUGGAUGGCCUUGGAAGGAUUCCACCUCUACCUUCUCUUAGUCAAAGUCUUCAACAUCUACAUCAAGAGAUACCUGCUCAAACUCAGUGUGGUGGGAUGGGGAGUUCCUGCGAUCAUUGUGUCAGUGGUGGUGAUCAUAGACAGAAGUUUUUAUGGUCCUGUUGCUGUGGACAACUCCACCAGCACUAUAAUAUGUUAUAUAACUAAUGAGACAGUGAAGGUGGUGACUACAAUUGUGCUGUUCGGCUUGGUGUUCCUCUUUAACGUGAUCCUAUUUGUGAUAACACUCUGGCAUAUUUUGAUGCUCCGCCGUGUCAAAGAGUUUGGACAGCACAACCGUGACAGAGCCAAGAAAGACAUUUGUACUCUGCUGGGAGUCAUCACUCUGCUCGGCAUUACCUGGGGCCUGAUCUUCUUCUCUUUUGGCUAUCUGACCACUCCUGGCCUCUACCUCUUCUGCAUCCUGAACUCAUUGCAAGGAUUCUUCAUAUUCCUGUGGUUUGCGAUGUCACUGAGAAAGACUAAAGAUCCCCGUGCUAUGGCAACCAGUGAAACGGCUACCACAAGCAAGUAGUUUGAACACAACUACCAACUCAUCAAGAUGCUCCCAUGUUUGUGUAGUUUAUAUGUAAUAUUGUAAGAUGUUCCUACUAACAUAUGUUUUCAUUAUUAAUAAUAUGUCAUGAAAAGAAGUGUAGCAAAUCUAAAUGCAGACUCCAGAAGCAGACUUAAUGAAACAAAAAACAAGCCUUAUGUGGCUGAUUUAAAGCUAAAAGAGUGAAUCCCAACAAAUAAAAUAAUUUAUAUAAC